AUGGGAUUGCUAGAGAGCAUCAAGCCCUUCUGGCCGCUGCUUUUCACAUUCGUUCUUCCACGCGCGAUCAACUACUAUCGCGUGGUAAAGACAGCCAUCAGAACCAGGCCGCCACCAAGACCGCUACCCGAGAAGACUGGACGAGGGCUCAACGCGCUCUUUGCCUCGAUAUGUCUCUUUCUCUACGCCUCGCUACCAUUCCGAGGGGCCCUGGAAGAUCACAAUAUCUUCGUCGUCACCCAGUCGCAUCUUAUGAUGUCGACAGAUGUUCUCUUCGGCCGCUUGGCCCUGAUGCGUGAGAAUGGCAUGUUGACCUCUGUUGACGAGGCUCUCAAAUCGAAACUUACUUCUUCCACCGUCCGUCAAAUGUACCUCGCCUUCGGCCCCUCAACACUACUGAAAUGUACAUUCUGCCACCCGGACGAUACGACAUCAUAUCUCCUGUACCACCUCCCGACCAACGUCCUGGGCCCUCACCUCCUGCACAUCCUGCUCGUGGGGAUCGCAACAUCUGAAGCCGUCUCCGGCAUCGAAGCACACCACUGGCGGCAGCGAGCCCUCAUUGGCAGCCUCGUCCUGCUCGGCAUCGACGCAUACCUGACCAGCUCUUACUACCCAGUCAUCAACCCGAGCAUGCCCGCUCCGGCCGGAACGUUCUGGCUGGCGGCUUCUCUGCGGUACGUGACGCUUUGCGCGUUCGACGCGGCCGUCGCAUUCCUGAUCUACGCGUCGGCGACGCGGCGCUUCCUGCUCUUCAGCGCCCCGGCGUCCGCAGACCCGGAGCUCGCGCGCCGCCGCCAGGAGGAGAUGCUCACGCAGGCCAACGUUUCGCUGCAGAUGGCCUCGACGAACCUGCGCGCCUACUCGGUCGCCAGGAACGCCGUGCUGCGCAACGACCUCCUCAAGGCAACCGAUGACGAGUACUGGCGUGCCGUCGUCGCGUUCGAGGGAAGCGAGGGUGACGAGACCCUCUUCGAGGACGAAGAGGUCCAGGCCGCCUUGGCUGCCGCUUAUGGCACCGGUAAAAUCGACGUGCAGACCAUGCGUAGGGAGACUGCUGCCUUUGUCGCCAAUGUGACUAAGGGUCUGUGA